CGUAUGUCUUUAUAUCGAAAAACUACAGAUCAAUCGCCCAUGAUUCUUGGUGCUCUUAUAUUACUCAUGGAUCUAUGGAUUGUCUAUGGUGCACUCAUGUCCACUCGAUCCAUUGCUUUUAAGCUAGGAUGGACCUUAACUGUCUUUAUGUUUCCCUUUGGUGGAUUAUUACUCUAUCUACCUGUUUCCUUUUUAUUAUCAUGAUUUAUUUAUUAUUAUAUAAAAAAAAAACGUUGUAUAUAUAUUUUUACUUUACCUGUGAGAAGAAAAAAAAAGGCCUUUCCCAGUCUAGGUCAUCCGCCCCUCUUUUUAUUGGGAUUAAGCAUACUUGCAUAUAACAAAUAAAAAGCCCUUUUCCCGCACUAA